GGACCCUUGCGAGUAGAGCUUCAUCAAGACACGGUCUCUUUGUGUACAUUGCGACAACAGCUUUCCCUCCACAUAAUUCUGAAAAAGAACAAAAAUCAAUCAUGGCUUCAGAAAGGAUAUCGGUGCAUUCUCUCCCUGAUCUCAAAAACACCUCCGACGAUGCUCUUCCCACCUACCUGAACUCUCUCAAAUUCACCCAGUCACAUACCCUCUCUGAUGCUCGUCUGGCAAUUGGUUAUGCAUCUGUCUUGGUCUGCGGUGCCUGUUUCUACUGGGACUACACCUAUGGAUUUGAACCCACGAAGUCCUACACAGCAAUUGCAGUUGGAAUCUACUUUAUCCUCAACACCUUCCUUACAUUCUGGCUGUUCUAUGUUGAGAAAGGAAUCAUAUAUAUCGGCACAUCUCCAGACAAAAAAAAUAUCAUCGAAAUCUCUACUCAAACCAAAAAACAUCAACCAAUUUAUAACUUAACAUUUAAGAUUUAUGAAGCGGCCAAAGGCAGAUCUGGUCAACCAAAGGAGGAGAGAACCUUGAGAAAACCUUUUAGAGAAUGGUUUGAUCUGAAAGGUCAUUUUAUUGUGCAACCAUUCCAAGAGAUGUUGGCGAGUAACAUUUCAGUGAUUGGAGCUGUCGAUCAAAAGAGAGUGGUUAAGAAUGAGAAGAAGGUUGAGCAAGAAGGUCAGGCAGAUUUAAGUAUGGAUGACAAAUGGGCAGCAUUAUUGAAGGAGAGUAGUGGUGAUGUUGAGACUUCUGGGGCAGAGAAGGCAGCUGGAGGAAAGAAGAGAAGCAAGAAGGUUUGAGAGGGUUGCAAUACGGAUCGAUGAGUGAAAAACGGUUUUGGUAUCAUAUCAGUUAUGGAGUUUGGUGGGACUUGUAGAAGUCAAGGGCAUCUUAGGCUGGGGCGCGGAGUAUGAGAAGGGUACCAUAUCUAACAAACUAUUUCCAAGCUUAUUCAUUCUAUGUAUUUGAUUUCUCCAACCUCAUGCCCUUAUAUUCAAAUAUUUUAUGAAUCGUUCGUCAUCAAUCCAUUAUAUCAAUCCCUUCACUUUAUCUUUCAUACUUUGCUCCCCUAAACUUACUUCUUUUCCUUCAAUGUGGAUGUUUAUACUGUUUGGAGAUUUAGAACUCCUCUCAUUCGUCUCCUUCUGCCCUGUUUCCUUAUUGAACAGGGUCUCAACAGUCCUCACAACCGCAGCCCAUUCCGCCUUCACAAAACAGACCGUUGGCCUCUGACACUGCCCCAUCCUCGAAUACUCAGAGGUCACCGCAAGCACCUGAAAACUCUGAACUUGAGACCUUUCCAUCCACAUCAUUCGAGCUUAAGGAGAGCCAGGUGACUCUAUUUCUUGGAUCAUAGCAGCGGCUCAAAACAUAUUAAAAUGGCAUCUUAUGUUA